AUGCCGUCCUCCCAACCCCUCUGUUCUGAGGCCAAGCCCUACGUCCCGCUCGCGACGUGCGUAGGCCCUCCUCCGGUGGCCCUGCUUCCAUCGCCGGGCAUCUUCCCGCAGCCGGUCCCGUACCCGUACCAGGCCCCGCCUCCGCAGGCGGGGUUCCUGGGCAGUUUACCGGGCUGCUGGGGCAUCCCGCUGGGCCCCGGCGGCGUGGGGAUACAGGGCGCGUUCCCUCACCCUGCCUGGGCGCCGCCCAUGCCGCCGCCGCACGGAGCUAUUGCCACGCCGGCGGGGACGCCCUGCACAAUGGCGAGGGCUAUGUCGCAGGGCGUCGGCGCGCAGCCUUCGCGCUCCGUGCGCACCGGGCGUGUUCCCGGUGCCCGGCCGCCGCCGCCGCGUCUCGACGUGCCGCCACGGUUGCAGCGGCCGGCGGCGCCGCGUCCGGGGGCUCCCACAGCGUCCCGCUUCGCGAAGCACGCUGCUGCAGGAGGCCACGCGGCCGCGAAGGAGGAUCCAGCGUCCCGCGGCGCCAAGGACCCUGUGGCCGGAGAGGAGGCGGUGGCUAACGAGCCGUCCCCGCGGUCGGUGCUCGUUGCCACGAGCCCGCCGAUCUCGCCGACGACGUCCCUUCCGUCGUCGUUCCCGCUGCCGUGCCUGCCUCCGGCGACCGCGGCCCUAGCCCCGCCAACGGAGCCUCCCAAGAGCGCCGAGCACGGUACAGGUAGCAUGCCUGCCGGACCGCCGAAGAUGAGGCGGCGGCGCGGGCCUCGUCGUGCGCAGCCGGCUCCCCGAGACGAAGUGCGGCGCGGCGUCAUGAAGCCCCGGCUGUUGUUCGAUCCCGCUUCCAAGCGCACCACUCUAAUGAUCCGCCACCUACCCAAUGAUUUCACGAAGCAGAGGCUGAUGUCCAUCAUCGAUGAGCACUGCUUUAUCGAGAACGAGAAGAUCGCGCCUGGCGGGGUGAAGUCGGAAUACGACUUCCUCUACGUGCCAAUCGAUUUCCGGACCUUGGCCAACAAGGGCUACGCGUUCGUGAACCUGACGUCGCCGGACGCGGCGCGCCGGCUCUGGGAGCACCUCCACAGUCACCGCUGGGAGGUAAGGCGCUGCGGCAAGACCUGUGCCGUCGACUACGGAGCCGUGCAGGGGCUUGACAGGUUGGUGGAUCACUUCGCCCGGUCGUCCUUCGAGUGCGACAGCGAGGAGCUCUUGCCGGUGCGGUUCGAGCCGCCGCGGGACGGCACCCGGCCGGCUCAGGGUGUGGCUCAUGUCGUCGGCGGCCUGCGACGCCGCUCGUAG